CGGUUCGACACGUCGAUAAAAAGCAACACACUAACAAAGCAAAUAGUAAGAAAUAUAUAUUUCAAAAUAUAUCAUCAGUUCGCUCGCUCUCUGUGUGUCGCACUGUAAGCAAUAUCAAUGGUUAGACUAGACGCCUACACUAUGGACUUUGUGAACAUUGGAGAGGAUAUAACUAUAACACGAUCCGAUGGUCGUGUGCAGUCGGCCAAGGUGGAUGAGAUACGCGAAGAUUGCGUUACAGUCACCUGGACCGAGGACUUCAAGGUCAUGGGCAAAGAGAUUGUGUGGGCCAAUGUCCUGGAACUGAAUCCGCAUCUGAUUGAGCGUGCCCAGCAGGGCGGCGAGUAUGUCAAAGUGAACAAUGUGCCCGAUUUUGGCAACGAGUCUGUCGCUUAUAUGGAAAGCAGCUUAGACGAGGAUGAAUAAACAAAGCUAAAGAGUUGACCGCACUACUGAACACACACUAAACAGAAAGCACAAGCGUUUUUUUUAAUUUUACAGCCAUUUGUUGAUACAUUUCAUAUUCUUACUGCAUUUAAUACGCAAUUUAAGCCAAGUUGCUAGUUGCGGCGCUCAAGUUUCACUUCAAAUCGCGCAGCUCUCAGAUACAAAUUUAUGAGCGACCAAAGUGUAAUCAAGACUUGUGAAACAAAGGCGAAAGCGGAGCGCUCACUGGCCGGAUUUGUUAACUUGGUUAACCGUAUCAUGUGUAACGCAAGGCAGCAGCAAAAACUUCAGCGAGAAAAACUUCAACUGCCAUAAAGUAACAAGAGCAGCUUUCAAUGUCUGUCAGCAGUUAACAAAAAAAAUAUAUAUAAAAUAUA